UUGAAAGUCUUGUUACAAUCUUACAAUAGUCUGAUUCUUGGCCCCAUAAAGUUGGUGCUUUCUAUUAAACUUCCGGGAGGUUGACAGUUCUGUUUAAUUAUUCAACUCAAUUGGUGGCUUGGACUGUGUAUCAACUCGAUUUUACAAUGGUAGAGAUACUUAAGCUAUUGAAACUGAAAAGCAUUGUAAGCAGAAGUUACCUUUUCCAAAAAGACAGGAUGUGUGGCUCUGCUAAAAAGAAAAAAAGACAGGAAAUGGUGGCAGUGGUUGACUGGGUUGAGAACUGGACUAUCGAUUGCCAGAACAAGAUCAUUUAAGUGUUAAAGCGCCUAUAAAUCAAGCCAGUGGAGAAGUGCAUUGCAUAGAUGAAGUCUUAAGGAAGACGUCCUUCUCUAAAGGUCUUCCCAACUAAGAACAUAUUUUGCAAUGGAUCCUGCCUAUCCUGAUGUUCCUGUCGAGAUGCUGAAGCUUUUUCAUUCAAUGGACAGAGAACUUUAUUCAAUCCUUGUUUUUGAGCUUGAGCGUGAUCCUAAGGUAUCUGUGAAUGCGAUUGCCUUAUGGAUUUGGUUGGAACUGGAUGUACUCGAUGAUGUUGUGCCAAACAUCUUGUUGUCUUCCAUAAAAUCGAUCAAUGGACUUGCUGAUGAAGCUUUGGCUUGCCUUAGAUGCAUCACAGACGCCACGUAUCUGUCUUCUUCUGAUGCAAGUGAGAUUUCACUGAGUCAAAGUGUCUUGGGAGAGCAGUUGUCUCUUAAGUUCUUCCAUGAAAAUCGGUCCCAGGCAUACCUUGGGGUUAGAAGUGUUGUGGAGAAUGUUUGUGUCAAGGUAUUAGACGAUCUCAUGGAAAUGGCCAUGACUAGAAACACUGAACGGCGGGCGCUCAAAACUCAAAUGGUGAUGAUUCCACCUGUCGAGCCCAUGAUGCCAAGAUUUGGAGGGCUCACAUGCACAGGUGAGUCAUCAAGGUCAGUAGUGCCUCCGAUGGAUUCCAUGAUAUCGAGGUUUGGAGGAAUCAGACUCACAGGUGAGUCAUCUCAGUCAGUGGUGCCUCCCGUGGAUCCCACGAUACAAAGGUUUGGAGGGCUCAAACUCACAGGCGACUCCUCUCAGUCAGCGGUGCCUCCUUUGCACAUGGAGGAACCGAAAGAAAACCGGACUGUAUUUGCUACUUUUUCUAGGGGCUACCCUGUUUUCGAAUGGGAGCUUAGGAGUCACUUCUACAGGAUGUUUGGCCACUGUGUGGAGUCCAUCACUAUGCAGCCGGUGAAGCCCAAUGAGCAGUCACUGUUUGCCCUGAUCGUCUUCACCUCCCCAGCAAUUGUUGACUUGGCUCUAAGGGGCAUGGAGAAAGCAAAGUUUAUGGUUAAAGGAAAGCAAGUUUGGAUGCGCAAGUAUGCCCGCAAAGCUUAAGAACAAGAACCCUUCUUUCUGUGUGUUAUUACAGUUAUGUUAUUUUUCUUGUUUGUUUUGGUUUGUAGUUGAAGAAGCCUAGUUAUGGUUCUCUCUCUGGUUUUGAUUCAUGUAAUAUAUUGUAAUAUGUUGUAUCAAUGAAUGGAAAGCUUCCAUUUGUUUUGUGAACUUGAUUGCUAUUCUGCAUCGUUUUGGCUAUUGCAUUGGUUUUUUUUCUUCA